UCACGCACUAGGAGGAGGAGUUAAGGGUGGCAUUAGAGGCUUAGUCCUUGCGACGCUGCGCUGGUUGGCGCUGCUGCGCCGGAGGAGUUCUGCGUCUCUGGCUGGUGACUGGGUCCAGAAUGGCUUCGGACUCGGGGAACCAGGGGACCCUCUGCACGUUGGAGUUCGCGGUGCAGAUGACCUGUCAGAGCUGUGUGGACGCGGUGCGCAAGUCCCUGCAAGGGGUGGCAGGUGUCCAGGAUGUGGAGGUGCACUUGGAGAACCAGAUGGUCUUAGUACACACCACUCUGCCCAGCCAGGAGGUGCAGGCUCUCCUGGAAGGCACGGGGCGGCAGGCGGUACUCAAGGGCAUGGGCAGCGGCCAGUUGAAGAAUCUGGGGGCAGCAGUGGCCAUCCUGGGGGGGCCUGGCACCGUGCAGGGGGUGGUGCGCUUCCUACAGCUGACCCCUGAGCGCUGCCUCAUCGAGGGAACUAUUGACGGCCUGGAGCCUGGGCUGCAUGGACUCCACGUCCAUCAGUACGGGGACCUCACAAACAACUGCAACAGCUGUGGGAACCACUUUAACCCUGAUGGAGCAUCUCAUGGGGGCCCCCAGGACUCUGACCGGCACCGCGGAGACCUGGGCAAUGUCCGUGCUGAUGCUGACGGCCGCGCCAUCUUCAGAAUGGAGGAUGAGCAGCUGAAGGUGUGGGAUGUGAUUGGCCGCAGCCUGAUUAUUGAUGAGGGAGAAGAUGACCUGGGCCGAGGAGGCCAUCCCUUAUCCAAGAUCACAGGGAACUCCGGGGAGAGGUUGGCCUGUGGCAUCAUUGCACGCUCCGCUGGCCUCUUCCAGAACCCCAAGCAGAUCUGCUCUUGCGAUGGCCUCACCAUCUGGGAGGAGCGAGGCCGGCCCAUCGCUGGCAAGGGCCGAAAGGAGUCGGCCCAGCCCCCUGCCCACCUUUGAGCAGGACCUCACCUUGGCUCUGUUGCUGUCCUCCAGGGCGAGCAGUUUCCACUUCCAGAGGGUGCCAGAGGGACUUUGCCUGCGCAGUCUUUGGAGAGCUCAGUACAGGGCAGGAGCUGCUGUGGUGUUCCCUUGGCAAAUGAAAGUUUUAUUUUCGUUUGGGA